AUGCCUCUACCAGUUGGCUCUAAGAGGAAGCGACCGGAGCGUACAUACUCAGAUGAUCAGCCACAUUCUCGUCCUUCGCCUCAUCGACCGGGAAAUCUCAGCCUCGCUCAGCCAGCGCCACAUCACACGUCAGGAAAUGAUCGCGACUACGGCCAACUGCGUGGAAGAGGUGGUCGGCGAUCAAGCAGAGGAGGUCGAGGCGUUAAUCUUGCGUCUAGUCCACCCAACCCCCCGGCAGACAAGCCUCCUACCGCCACGAAGACACCAAUAACUGAACCAGAGUCCAGCAUAACAAACGGUACAAUGUUUACAGCUCAGCAGAACCCUCUUAACAUUCCUGUCUUAUCCAGUCCUCCGCCGGAACCUCAACCCUACAAUUACACCUAUUUGACAAGCGCAGUCUGUGAGUCAUGGCAGACUGGGGGUAGAGAAGAUGUCUUACGGCAAGGCCUGGAAGGCAUGCAGGAAGAGGACGGGACACAACUAACCGUGUUGAUGCAAGAGCUUGUUCAGACGGUUGUCUUUGGCAGGCUUGGUCCGACAGAAGCAGGUGAUCUGGUGAAACAAAUGCUUGGUAGCGAGAUGCCUGAAGCAGACGACCAGUCGAUACCACAUCCUACAGCCUUGCAAGCCGCCCUCUUGGAUUCUAUAUCCGUUGUCUUCGAGAGCAAUCCUACGAUACCGCUAGACCGCCUCUCUGCAUUUGUCCUUGGGACCGGAAUAUCUCAUGAGUUGCUACGACAUGAACUCGACGCGCCUUUACUCGAAAAACUGGAUCUGAUCAGGAAUACAUUUAAUCGCAUGGGUAUCAGAAAACAGACAAAUCUUCUCUACAGACAAGCAAACUUCAAUCUCAUGCGGGAGGAGUCCGAAGGCUUCGCGAAGUUGAUGACUGAGCUGUUCACUACCAGCAGCAGCGAGGCGCCGACUGCAGAAAUUGUCGAGGACACGGUUGAAAAGGUCAAGGCUAUGAUCGGCGCAUUUGAUCUGGAUGUCGGUCGAAGUCUGGACGUUGUUCUCGACGUAUUUAGCGCGGUUCUUGUCAAACAGUGUCGAUUCUUCGUCAAAUUUCUUCGCUCGAGUCCGUGGUGGCCUCGGUCAUCGACCUCAGUCAAGAAAAAUUCAACUCUGACAGGACUUCCAAAGUGGGCCUUCCCCGGCUCCCCUGAUUGGCACCUCACAGACGAACAAAAGCAGAUUGUAGCAGAAGAGACUCGGGUCCGCGACGAGGCUUUUUGGCCUCUGGCUCGAGAACGAGGGCUCGAAGCUUUCUAUCUUCUUGGGAGAUCACAAGUGCCACAGGACAAUCUGGAACGAGUAUCGUCCUCUGGAGAUGAUCUUCUCGCUCAGUGGAUUCGAGAGACUGGUACCUUACCGCCUUCGGGCAAUCGCGACGCCGCACAGCUUCUGGGAUUCAAACUCCGUUUUUAUUCAUCAUCACCGGCACGUGAUGAAACAGAUGUCCUCCCCGAUAACCUCAUCUAUCUUUCUGCUCUCCUCAUCAAGAUCGGAUUCAUCUCGCUUAAGGAUCUGUACCCACAUAUCUGGCGGACGGACGAUGCGAUGGAAGAACUCAAAGAGCAAAAGACUCGAGAAAAGCAAGAGCGAGAAAAGGCUGCCAGGCCAGGAGCAGGUGCCAGGAAUGCCCUUACAUCUGCGGGGGCGCUGAUAGACGACACCUUACCUGUGCCACCUCGUUUGAAAGAGUCAAUCACACGUGCCAACACCCCAUCCAAAGAACCAGAGGCAGAGAAGGUAGUUCCGAAAGAGCAUGAACCUGCCGACCAGAAAGUUCUACUACUCAAGAGCUUGCUCGCCAUUGGGGCCCUUCCAGAAGCGCUCUUCAUUCUCGGUCGCUUCCCUUGGCUGAUGACCCUCAUUCCUGAUCUUCCAGAGUAUGUCUACCGUAUACUGCAUCACUCUUUGGGCAAAGUGUAUGGGGAAGCUCAACCGCUGCGAGACCGUCCGAGUCUUCGGAGCCAAAAGCCGAGUUAUGAAACCGAUGUACCCGGCGUGCCCAAAGGACAAGUCAAAGUUGUCGAAACCAUUGAAAGAAAGGUGCUUCGAUGGGCUCAGCUAGACAAAAACGACAGCCCUGACGGCACUGAUUACCGGUUUUACUGGGAUGAGUGGAGCGACAAUAUUCCAAUAUGUCAAACUGUCGAAGAUGUCUUUACACUAUGCGAUACUCUGCUGCCUCUUGUUGGUGUCAAAAUCGGGCAAGAUCCAGGCCUUCUUCUCAAGUUUGCUCGAAUCGGAAAGCACAAUCUACAGGCCGACAAAAGCGAGUCUAAUCGAUCGCGAUGGCUGGAUCUGGUCAAACGUACCCUUCUACCAUCCUUGAGUUUGACAAAAUCAAAUGCCGGUGCGGUCAACGAAGUCUUCGAGCUAGUCAGCACUUUCCCAGUGAACGUCCGCUAUCUGAUGUAUGUCGAAUGGUCAUCUGGAAGGACGUCUCGCAACCCCGACAUCAAAGCAGCAUUCGAUCAGGCGAGGGCGGAGACAAAGGAUAUCCUAAAACGUAUAUCUAACACUAACGUACGACCGAUGGCGCGUGCGUUGGCCAAAAUUGCAUUUGCGAAUCCACAUAUCGUGAUCACCACUGCGCUUACUCAGAUCGAAGUGUACGACAGCAUCGCAGAGGUAUUCGUCGAAGGCGCACGAUAUUUCACUGAUCUAGGAUAUGAUGUUCUCACUUGGGCAAUUGUAGGCUCAAUGGCAAGGACCGGAAGGAACCGGACUCAGGAAGGCGGGAUCUUCGCGAGCCGUUGGCUUUCAGCACUUGCAGUAUUCGCUGGCAAGAUUUACAAACGUUACGGCAUGAUGAAGCCUGGGCCAAUAUUACAAUACGUUGGCGAGCAACUUGAGCAUGGCAACACAAUGGAUCUCAAGAUGCUAGAACAGAUUGUACUCUCCAUGGCUGGAAUUGCAACUGACACGAGCUACAACGAUGCACAGUUACAAGCAAUGGGAGGAGGACCACUCUUACAGUCUCAGACUAUCCUUCAAUUGCUUGAUCGACGCCAUGACUCCAAGAAGACUUCCGAGAGAUUGAUGAAGUCGCUACAAGACACCAAUCUGGCUGCGAAAUUCCUAAUUUCAAUGGCGCAACAGCGACAAGCUUGUGUCUUUGAAGAAGGACAAAUACCUCUUAAAGCGAUCGGCAACACAUACGACGAGGUCCACCGAGUGAUGGUGCAGUAUCUGGAUCUUCUGAGAACGAACUUGCCACCAGAAGAGUUCCGAGCCACAAUUCCUGACGUGAUUAGUCUGCUCAUUGACUAUGAGAUUCGGCCUGAAAUCGCAUUCUGGAUCAGUCGGCCUCUCAUUGCCAGGCAAAUGCAGGAGUACGACAAAGAAAACGCAAAAGAUCAGCGAGUGGAGGAAGUCAAAGAGGUCAACGGUGAUGUGGAAAUGUCGGACCAAAUCAAUGCCAGUUCAGAGGAAGAUGGAGAGGCUAUUGAAACAGAAAAUCUUCUGAACGACUCACCAGCUGCAAGCGACGCUAUGGGUCCGGCGCUUGAACUCGACGCCAGCAAGACCCCCCUGGGGCCAUUAGAUUCAGCAACAGAUGAUUGCUGGCAUCCUGUCAUGAAGGAGCUAAUGGAUGCUAUCCAGCCAAACUUGUCCGAAGAAAUUGUGGACAUCAUCGGGACUGGAUUCUAUGCAACCUUCUGGCAGUUGUCGUUAUACGAUAUCACUAUCCCUGGCAAAUCGUACGAAGAUGAACUCUCGAGACAGCAUAAAAAGAUCGCUGCGAUCUCGACAGACCGAACAGACGUCAGUGUCUCUGGAACAAAGAAGAAGGACCUUGCGAAGAAGGAGAUACAAGAUCUCAUCGAUAAGCUGCUCGCGGAAAAUAAAGAACAUCUGAAAGCUUUCGCGGAGAGUAAAGCCCGACUACAGCGCGAAAAAGAGCAGUGGUUCCUCGGCAAAGCCAGAAUGGACAAGCCCUUGAACACAACACUUAUUGAGCAUUGCUUUUUACCCCGGAUGCUAUCUUCCCCACUGGAUGCCUACUUCUGCUUCAAGUUUGUCAAAUUCCUCCACGGGGCCGGAACUCCAAAUUUCAGGACGCUUGGUUUUUACGACCUUUUCUUCAAGCCAUCACGACUCAUCUCGCUGAUAUUCAUGUGCACUUCGAAAGAGGCCGACAAUCUUGGAAAAUUCCUCAACGAGGUGCUGAAAGAUCUUGCUCGCUGGCAUGGUUCUAAAGCAACAUACGAACGGGAAGGCUGGGGUAUCAAGAAGAAUCUGCCCGGGUUUGCUAUGAAAGUUGAAGCUGGAAAAGUCGUUAACUUGUUGGAUUUCGAAAGUUUCCAAAGAGUGCUCUACAAAUGGCAUGGAAAUCUGCACACGGCGCUUCAGAAGUGCCUUACGUCCCCGGAGUACAUGCAUGUCCGAAACGCGAUUUCUGUCCUACGCGCGAUCUCAGGCGUCUACCCAGCCGUCAAUUGGCACGGUGCUGUGUUGCAAAAGGCAGUUGAUAAACUCCGCGAAUCCGACAAAGAAGAUCUCAAGGUCUCUUCUCAAGCCCUACUUGGCGCUUUGCAUAGGCGGGAGAAGUUGUGGGUGGGUCUAGAAACUUUCCGCAAAGGACCAGAAAAGAGCGGCGAGCAUGAGCGCGAUCUCCUCCAAACAAAGAUUUCCCCGUCGCAAGAUACUCGAGCUGCAAGUGUGACGACAUCCAAAAAGGAAGGAGAAUCCGAAGUCAAGGAUGCGGUAAUAACAGAUGCGCCAUCGAAGCCUGAAGCUAGACCUGUCCCUGAAAAGAACGAUGGUGAAGGAUCUAGUAAGCCUGUGAAGUCCCAACCUGCUAGCGGUCCCGCUACACCGGCUUCUAGAGCAAGUUCCAGACCAGGGAAUGCCAAUGGCGUUUCGACACCAUCUCGACAGGGUACCGAGCCCUUAGCAAUUCCAAAAAGAGAAACGAGGCCCCCUCGUGCAGAAACCUCCAAGCCACACGAGCUUCCCAGACGGCUCACGCCUCCUCCAUCACGGCCUCCUGCGAGCUUGCCGAACCGUCCAGAGCCAGUGGAUUCUCGAAAUGGCCAUCGAGAUAGUCCGCGUUUGUCCAGUCGACUUGACGUUGACGCUCCAAGACUGGCGCCCGACGUUCGAACAGGUCAUAGUAGAGACGUAAGACCAGGAUACCGAGGACUAGAACGACCAGACAGACCUGAAUCGGGAUUCGACGACUUUGAUCGACAUUCUCGGAGGUACGAGCGCCCCGAAGGCCCAGGCCAUGGCAUCCGGGAGGAUCGUGGAUUUGGUCGAGAGCACGACAGAAGAACUCCAUAUGAUCGACCUCCUCCGCAUGAGCGAGAUCGUCCCGCUAUUCGCCCUUCCCCAGCGGAGCGUGAGCGGGAGGGUCGUGAGCCAGCUCUAAGAUCAAAACCUCCAGUUCCAGAACUUUCAAGACCAGAAUCGCAACCACCCCCGAAAAAGGAGAACCCCACGGAGCCUCCCCAAUCGAUAGUCAAUCCAGCCCGCGCGUCGUUGAUGGAGAGUGGGGGUGAUCGAAGAUCGCUUCCGGCGUCGAGGGGCCAGGGGCAAGAGAAGCCGUCAAGAUCAUCCCGGCCGAGCUCUCCACGGAGAGAAGACGACCGGCGGCCACAUCUCCGUCGCGAUGCCGAUGAUCGACCUAAACCAGAAGCUCCCUCCACACGCCAGUCCUCAUACACGCCUUCAUCAUUAGAAUCAGGAGCUCCCAGUUCUCGUUCCAGCGGACUAAGUUCGUAUAAGAGAGAGCCGCGAGACCUUAGACAGGCCCCGCCAGUCGACUUGCAGCACGGUAGGCUGGAGCAGGAAGUGACGCAGCAACCAGCGAUCUCGCAGAGCUCGGAUCGUCUUCAAGAGUCUGACGUGCCGUCUGGCCCUCGUGGCAGACCUGCGUCAGGAGGCGGGCCAAGGCUGAGAGCUCCUGCGCUCAAUACCCAAAUGCCGCCAUCGCCGAAUGCGGAUCGACCAACUCCAACUGGACCUUCCAGACGACAUGGACGCACUAGUUCCUACGCCGAGCCUUCAUCUACGCCUUCCACUCCCGCUGCAGAUGCGGCAGGUGUUCAUCCCUCUCGCCUCAGCCAGAUCGAUUCGGCAGCUUCGGACAUGUCGCGCUCGGCUCAGGCCACGCAACCCCCGUCGCAGACUCAGCCUCCGGCAGGCCCUAGAGGAAGUGCUCCUCCUGGAGCUCCGUCUGGCCCAUCACCUACAAGUAGAGGCCCGCCAUCCGGCCCACAGACUGGUGACGGGAGCAUGCGUGGGGGGCGAAACAACCGUAAUCCACUCACCGCCGUCAACAACACCCUUGCUCAAGCCGGCACCUCGAUUCGUGGUCGAGGCAAUAUCAGGCAGAGUGGUGCAAGCUUUGGUCCCCAUAUGCCCCCUCCUCCACCGCCGCCUCCGCCACCUGGUGGUCCUCCUCCCACGAGCCACGGUCAAAGCCCCAAUGGAUACCCGCCACACGAUCUGUUUGCAUCUUCAAACCCUAACGAGGUGCCGGUGGGCACCAGACCCUCUGCUUCGCGUCAUGAAGGCAGCAGGGAUCGCAGAAGUGAAGCCACCGAAGAGCGAGGAUCCGAGAGGAGACCAUCACGGCAUUCAAGUCGGCAUGAUGAAUCACGUGGAGAUAGAGAUCAUCGGAACGAGCGAAAUGGUCGAGAUGGCAAGGAAGAUCGGUAUGGACCGAGUGAGUCUUCGAGGCGGGAUGAAAGACCGAGCAGGAGAGAGAAUCACCCGCCAGAUGCCGAGGAUCGGAGAACAGGAUAUUCAAGAUCUGCACCUUCGAGAGAUGAUACGCAGUCGUCGAGAAAACAUGGUCGAGGGGAGGAACCAAGUACUUAUGGGCCCCCUAGCCACGGAAGCGGUGGAGGGAGAGGAGGUUCAAGGGUUGCCAGCGAAAGCAAACGGAUCCGACGCGGCCCUUGA